AUGUGGUCGACGGGGACAUACCCCAGACAUACCCCCCCCCCCCUCGAACCCUCCUCCUCCAUCCUCCCGUCGCAGGAGUGA